AUGGCUGCACAAGAGCCAUCACCACCAUCUUCACUGGAAGGCAACAAACCAGGGUUCCCUAAGAAAAUUUUGGCGAACAACCUCGAAGAAAAACACUUGUGUAAUUAUUGAUUUGAAAAUAUUGAGAAGGCCUCUACAAGCCCAAUGUGGCCAUCGUUUUUGUUUGUUCUGUUUCAACAAAAUUGUUAGGUGAGUGUCGUGCUCAGACUGGGUGAUGUUGCUCUACAAACGCUAACAUUAGCUAGCUCGUUAGCUAGCUACACUUGCCUAUAACAUUCAUGAACAAGCUAACUGUCAGUGUAUGUCAACAAGUUGCGAGGCUUGCCAGGUGUUUAUAAACUCAGUUCAUCUAUGGUCAAGUAUUGAUCUAGGUACUGUCACCCUGUUGUAUCCCCACAAUGACCUUGUUCAAACACAUCAAUGAUUCUGCAAGUGUAAGCUAACUACCCAGUGGACGAGGAUGGAUAGCCUUGUUAUGAAUUGUUCAUGUUAACAACAGUCCGUAGGCAAUCAUCAGUGACUGGUUAGCUAUAACGUUAGCUAUACAUGAUUCUGAUGUCAGGUCUUGCAACUGGGUGUUAGUUAAUUGAGGAGGUAGGCCUGUCAAGAUAGAACUGUUGAUCUGUAUGUAGAAGACUAGAGAAAUGGCUGUGCUACAUAUUUUCUGUAUUUCAAGUUCUGGACAACAGAAAUGCAGUGCUUGCAUCAAAGAGGACUUGUUUGAGGACCCCACAUCUAUUCUUAAAGAAGGCGGUGUAAGUACCUGUGUAGUUGAUUCAGAUAUUUGCACAGACUACUAAACAUAGCUAACAGUAGCUAAUAUAAUUUCAAUGAUUACCAGAGACUAAGCAGAUUGUUUGUAACAGAGGCUAUACUUGUGCAUUGAUUAUGCAGUCUGAUAGAAACAAUCAGUAUUUUUCUUACUGACUAGACACUUAAUUGCAUACUGUAGCCCAGUGGUACUAGACAGAGAUUGGAUCUCAGUCCAGCAGUAUAACAUACACCUACCUCAGUGGAGGCUGCUGAGGGGAGGACGGCUCAUAAUAAUGUCUGGAAUGGAGUGAAUGGAAAGGUAUCAAACACGUGUUUGAUACCAUUCACUCCAUUACGGCCAUUAUUAUGAGCCGUCCUCCCCUCAGCAGCCUCCACUGACCUACCUUGCGAGUUAUUUGCCGACCCUGUGCUUAUGCUUGUUUGGCAACACUUUUCCCAUAUCCGAGCCUAUAUCCGUAAUCGGUAGACGGUUCUGAUUAGGAAGUUGUUGUUUGCCUUGCUGAGCAGUGGCCAAUAAAUAAUUAAAUCCAAUUGUUAGAUGCUACCACCCCCCUCCAAAUCAAAACUGAACAUGAAUGUCAAUGUUUGCACGUACAUGCUCAUUCUAUUUAUUGUCUGCUUCCUGUCUUGCAAGGCUGAUUAGCUAGGACAAACUGAUGUGAAACACAGACGGGUGUCUGCGCAAAGCAGGGGCACAACAUUUGGCAAGUUAGUUUUGUAUGGCCCGGUGGCCCUGGUGAAUAGAGAUUUCAUGUAAGGACCAAUGGAAUGGUCUAAAAUGUGCAAACUCUCCUCACCCGGACAGAGUAUGUGAGCGGAGAGAAGCGGAGCGUGAAGGCUGGAGUGUCGGCCUUCUCGCCCGCUCUAAUUUUGCUCCAGUAGCGCUUAUUUCACCAGCUCAGGGCAUGCCCAGCCCAGCCCAGCCCAGCAUGCAUUUGUAGUCAACUUGUGUGCUGCUAUAGCCCCUUGCUUUAGCUACUGUCAUAGAGUUCGCUAAAUAUUUUCAUAAAGAAACUGAUAAGACACACAGGUGCUAAAUCAAGGUGACUUACAAAGAUGAGGACCAAGAGCAAAAGAGGGCUUGCGGUGAUGUAAUGUCCACAACUAAAGAAUAAUUGUGGAAUCUUAAAAGACACGUUUCCCAAAAGCAUGAUGGUGUACUUACUACGUGCCCAUGCUAAAAGAAAGGAACGAGGUGGGUAGAAAACAAUGUGUCAUUGUAGCAAAGUAUUGAUAGAAAAUACCUAUAGAAAAAUAAACUCUGCAUCUCUGCCCAGCCUGCCCAGAGUGGCCAAAAGGGGGUUUAGCAUCCCCUGUGGCUCUGCAAGUAUGGAGAGGAUAUUCUCAGCUGCUGCCCUGCUCUCCAGGCACCAUCGCAUGAGCCUGAAGUCACAGACUGGCCAAGCUCGUGUUUCUAAAGAUGAAUUCUAAAAAUGAAUUCAAAGGCACUAAUAAGUCAUUUUUCGUUAAAUUAAGUUACAGCCUAUAUGCACAAUUUAUAGACUAAUGAUAUAAUACAACAAAAUGUUGUUUAAAUGCUGAGCCCUUUAUGUCCCUACCAGCCUAUUGUGUUGCACUCGCAAAUGCUUCACAAUGUAUUUCUUUGUAGGCUAUAGCCUUGAAAUAAUUGAAAUAAAAUAGCCUAAAUUCAUUUGCGUUCCUUCUUAGGCUCCCUGUUUGGCUCCUCACCCAUUUAGUGUUUUUAUAUGCUGUUUAAUACGACAUAUAGCCUAUUUGAUGUGCGCUUCUUACAUUCACCUUUUCAUUUUUAUUCAAAUACAAACAACGACUUCCGAAUCAGAACCCACUACGGAUAUAGGCUCGGACGUGGGAAAAGUGUUGCCAAACAAGCAUAGGCUCGGGUCGGCAAAUAACUUGUAAGGUUAUAAGACUAAACUGGGCUAGGUAUACUGGUUUGGUGUUCUCAUUUACACAGAAAACAUGUACAGUUGAAGUCGUAAGUUUACAUACACCUUAGCCAAAUACAUUUAAACUCAGUUUUUCACAAUUUCUGACAUUUAAUCCUAGUACAAAUUCCCUGUUUUAGGUCAGUUAGGAUCUCCACUUUAUUUUAAGAAUGUGAAAUGUCAGAAUAAUAGUAGAGAGUGACUUAUUUCAGCUUUUAUUUCUUUCAUCACAUUCCCAGUGGGUCAGAAGUUUACAUACACUCAAUUAGUAUUUGGUAGCAUUGCAUUUAAAUUGUUUAACUUGGAUCAAACGUUUCGGGUAGCCUUCCACAAGCUUCCCACAAUAAGUUGGGUUAAUUUUGGCCCAUUCCUCCUGGCAGAGCUGGUGUAACUGAGUCAGGUUUGUAGGCCUCCUUGUUCGCACACACUUUUUCAGUUCUGCCCACACAUGUUCUAUAGGAUUGAGGUCAGGGCUUUGUGAUGGCCACUCCAAUACCUUGACUUUGUUGUCCUUAAGCCAUUUUGCCACAACUUUGGAAGUAUGCUUGGGGUCAUUGUCCAUUUGGAAGACCCAUUUGCGACCAAGCUUUAACUUCCUGACUGAUGUCUUGAGAUGUUGCUUCAAUAUAUCCACAUAAUUUCCCUUCCUCAUGAUGCCAUCUAUUUUGUGAAGUGCACCAGUCCCUCCUGCAGCAAAGCACUCCCACAGCAUGAUGCUGCCACCCCGUGCUUCACAGUUGGGAUGGUGUUCUUCGGCUUGCAAGUCUUCCCCCUUUUUCCUCCAAACAUAACGAUGGCCAUUAUGGCCAAACAGUUCUAUUUUUGUUUCAUCAGACCAGAGGACAUUUCUCCAAAAAGUACGAUCUUUGUCCCCAUGUGCAGUUGCAAACCGUAGUCUGGCUUUUUUAUGGCAGUUUUGGAGCAGUGGCUUCUUCCUUGCUGAGAGACCUUUCAGGUUAUGUCAAUAUAGGACUCGUUUUACUGUGGAUAUAGAUACUUCUGUACCUGUUUCCUCCAGUAUCUUCACAAGGUGCUUUGCUGUUGUUCUGGGAUUGAUUUGCACUUUUCGCACCAAAGUACGUUCAUCUCUAGGAGACAGAACGCGUCUCCUUCCUGAGCGGUAUGACGGCUGCGGGGUCCCAUGGUGUUUAUACUUGCGUACUAUUGUUUGUACAGAUGAACGUGGUACCUUCAGGUGUUUGGAAAUUGCUCCCAAGGAUGAACCAGACUUGUGGAGGUCUACAAUUUAUUUUCUGAGGUCUUGGUUGAUUUCUUUUGAUUUUCCCAUGAUGUCAAGCAAAGAGGCACUGUUUGAAGGUAGGCCUUGAAAUACAUCCACAGGUACACCUCCAAUUGACUCAAAUGAUGUCAAUUAGCCUAUCAGAAGCUUCUAAAGCCAUGACAUAAUUUUCUGGAAUUUUCCAAGCUAUUUAAAGGCACAGUCAACUUAGUGUAUGUAAACUUCUGACCCACUGGAAUUGUGAUACAGUGAAAUAAUCUGUCUGUAAACAAUUGUUGGAAAAAUUACUUCUGUCAUGCACAAAGUCCUAACCGACUUGCCAAAACUAUAGUUUGUUAACAAGACAUUUGUGGAGUGGUUGAAAAACGAGUUUUAAUGACUCCAACCUAAGUGUAUGUAAACUUCCGACUUCAACUGCAUGUGUUGAAUCUUUGUGCUUUAAUAAUACAAUAGUCUAACCUUCCCUUUCCCUCAAGGCUUUUCCUGACAAUGCAGCGCGGAGAGAAGUGGAAGCAUUGGCAGCUGUUUGUACAAAUGAAGGGUGCACUUGGACGGGCAAUAUCAAAGAAUAUGAGGUAUGGGAUUGUUUUGUAUUUCUUUAUACCAAAUAAUGUACAUGUUUAAAAAUGUGUUCUUAGUUGUAGGUUUUAAAAAUGCUCCUCCACUUUUAAUUUAACGCUAAAUGUGAUGUAAUCAAUAAACACUUUUCCAUCCACCGUUUUUAAGUAAGUGAUAUCAUACCACAAAAAUCAUGACAGCUGUGAUGGAAACAGGAAGUUUUGGUACAAUUUUAUAAAUGCCGACAGAUAAUUUGUUCGUUCGACAUGGUGGGAUCUUUUUGUGUCGGUAAAACAAAUUAUGUGAGAAGUUGCGGUGGAAACGCUUUUAUGUGCAAAUAUUGAUAUAAUAACCAUCAAAUCGAAGUAAACUUGGAGUCCUGGUGUUUGGUCCUCCCUUGGGCUGUGGUGGUCUUGAGAUUUUGUCAGCCGGUGAUUGUCAAGCAAAUAACUGCCGGCCUCACGGUAAUUGACCGUUAAUUAACAUAAACACAUUUAGCAUCUCCUGGCUUCCGGCCUACAAGCCACAUAUGCAGACCUAUGGAACAUCUACAUAUUAAAAAGUCUAAAAAAUCCAUGUAAUAUAGCCUACACCAUCACAAUAAAUCCAUUAUUUAUUUUAGACAGGUCUAAAGAAACUUUAUAUGAAGAAAAUGUAAUCUAUUUCAGAAGAAUAGAAUAGCAUACUCUGAGUUGUCCUUAUGUUAGGUCCUGAUCUGGCUAUGCCAAAUGGCUGUGUGCUACACUAGUUCAUUUAGCAGACAAGAUUUGCUUAGAAUUCCGUGGCAUUAUUUUAUAGUAUGAAGAAUACAAUUGAACAAAGCUGAAUAAAAUAGAAAGGAUAUUUUCUCCAAACGAUUUGAGGAAGUGCACACAUGCAGCUAUUCUAUGUUGAGUGGUUAACAAAGAAACAAGUACUCUUAUAUGCUUAAUUUAGAGUUAUUUUUGUAACUUUAGUUGUGCUACAAACGUUGGGCUAUGUUUAGAUUUUUUAAUACAUUCUAAGGCUGCACGAUGCGACUCUAAUGAUCAUUUGAAAAAAGUUGCAUUAAAGGCAUGAGCUCUGCUUUGUUUUUUGCACAGGCUGUACACUCUACAUCAAUGUCUCAUUUACAAUUUGACAAGCACUUGAUAAUGCCUCAAAUUUCCCGACGGCUACAAGUCAAGACAGACACAUCAGGGACGCAACUGCGCGCGUCCUUAUCCAAUUUCGAGGCGCAUAUUGAAGAUAUUUGAAGAACUGUCCACAUUUACUUUUCGUCAGCCAACAAGAUGAGUAGGCCUAACGAACAGCAAAAGCAUUAGCCUAUGUCAAUCUACUAUCCCCCAUAGUACAAAGGUUGACCUAUUCUGUGCGAGAAAUAAAUAUUCCAAACAUAGUCUGAGAGAGUUGUGGGAUGUGAUAGAUCGCAAAUUAAUGCAACCACUAGCAUCAAAAAAACGUUUUGAGGCAAACGCAACAGAUCAGAACAUUUAGCUUAAAAUGUUGAUAAACUAUUAGGCUAUUUAUUCACAUUAUAAGCACAGCAAUGCACACAUAAGCGCAAAUGUUCCAUUAGCGGGGAAACACCAUUAUCAAAAGUGACCGCAAAUUCGAUUAUGCAUGCAAUGCUUUUAUUAUAAAGGUGCAUUUUUAUGGUGAAAAUGAUCUUCCCCAAACUUGAAACUCACGCGCUGCAUAUGUAUGCCAGUUAGUCUCUACACCCGUUGUAAAGCAGAUGAAUGUGCUUCAUUUUAAGAAGUUAUUUGGCCACUUUAGUUGUGAUACAAACCUUAUCAAAACAUAUAGGCCUAUGGGCUAGGCUACAUGAGGUGUGGGACUAUGAUUUGAAAAAGUUGCAACAAAAAGGCUUGCCUUGUUCCUUGUCUUACUGCACACAAGCUGGGCAUCAUUCACACGUGAUAUAUUAAUAUUGUCACCCAUCAGACCACUCUUGAUUGAAUCUUGUUUUUACAUAUACUAAAUAAGAUGUGUGAAAUUAGUUUUGAUUUAGAAUGGACCAUUAUCAUGCACCUGUCUCAACAGUGGCACGGGGGAAAAAAUACAUGUAAUCUAUACACUUAAAUAGCGAAUGGAGGAUGCUUUUCACGUGGUUCAUUUUCAUGCCAGCCAGGUAGGCUAUACUCCUGUUGUAAAGAGAAGCAAUGUGCUUAAUAUUAGGAAAGUUGAGAAAGAAAUAUAGUAGGCCUAGCCUACAGAAAGCUGAUGGAAUCCUCCUCUUUUUAAUAGAGGCCAUCACACUGUUUUCUCAUGCAAUUGCAUAGCCCAUAGAAAUGUUGCGCUACAUGAGCUCAUGGGCUCUAAUUAAGUGUUUGAUUAGAUUUUCGAUUACAUUUGCAUUGAUGUCAGAGUGAUUAGAGGGACAAUAGAGUGCUGAGUACCAGGCAGGUAGCAAGGUUGGUAGGCUACUAAUGACCAUCAGCAGCAUCAAGAGCUUGGAAAACCCUAAUUACCGUGACUAAACGGUCACGUGGAAUUUGACAGCUGUCAUGACUCGUGACUGCCGGUGUGACGGUAAUACGGUCACCAUAACAGCCCUAGUCCUCCCACUACAACUCGGGACACCAUGUCGUUUAUUAGGCUACGGAUGAAAUAAGUUAUGAUGAACUUCACAGGGUGUUGAAAGUGCAUGGUGAUCAGCUUCAUGCUCCUUUUCCAAUAAAUAUCGAGGGUCUUAUUCUGGUGACAUGAUCUGUGCUUGACUGCCGUUUGACAAAUACAAUACUUAUCCAUAAUAAUCAGCUUACACAGCCAACCCGCACUGUAUCUGCGAGCUGUUGGCUAGAGUGCACUUGCCAAGACCAGAGUAGGCACAUUUGCUAUAAAACACAACAGUUUUUGUGACAAAACUAUCAGGAAGGUUGAAAAUGCGAUGGAAACACAUUGAACUUUAGGUUUUUAUUCGGUAAAUGUAACGUUUGUGUGCACUACAUCAUCACGCACUGAUAUUUAUCCGCAACAAGUCCGUUUGGUGGAGAAACACCACGGGUGGGAAAAUUAGCGGUUUUUUCUUCAUGCGGAUUUUAGAAUAUUUACAUGAAAAUCUGUCGCCGAUUGGAUGGAAACCUAGCUAUUGUCAUUUGGAUUUUUUGCAACUCUCAAAUAGAACUGAUAAUUUAAAAAAAAUCUGGUUUCAAUUACAGAUGAACAACUAUAGAAUAAAUAGCUACAUCUACUACAUGAAUGUUCUUAACAGAUUACUAGACCUACAGUAUAUUUGUUUGUUUUGAAGUAUGCUGUUGUCAUGUGUUUUCCAGGUGAACCAUGAGGGAAAGUGUGACUUCAUGAUAAUUCUCUGUCCCUCCUGUAAAGAACUCAUGAGAACCAAUGAGCUGGAGCGCCACAAUGAACGAGAAUGUCCUGAGAGGACUCUAAACUGCAAAUACUGCAAAGAACCUUUCCAUUUCAAGAACAUCAAGGUAAAUCACCAUACUUGUCUGCGUUUAGUUGCAUUAUCGAAAUCAGAUAUGGAACAUGUACUGUUUUGUUAUUGGGUGUAGCCUAUAUGAAAAUACAUGAACAGUUUUGUUUUCUAGGCUCACGAUGAGAUCUGUCCAAAGUACCCAAUGAUUUGUGAAGGCUGCGCAAAGAAAAAGAUUCCCAGGGAAAAGGCAAGGAUGGACACAUUGUUUACUGAUUGAUUAACCAAUUAAUAAUGUUGUUACAGUGCAUCGGAAAGUAUUCAGACCCCUUUGACUUUUUCCAAAUGUUGUUACGUUACAGCCGUAUUCUAAAAUGGAUGAAAAAAAAAAAAAAUCCUCAUCAAUCUACACACAAUACCCCAUAAUGACAAAGCGAAAACAGGUUUUUAGAAUUUAUGCAAAUGUAUAACAAAUAAAAAUUGAAAUACCUUAAUACUUAAGUAUUCAGACCCUUUGUAAUGAGACCCAAAAUUGAGCUCAGGUGCAUCCUGUUUCCAUUGAUCAUUGUUGAGAUGUUUCUACAACUUGGUUGGAGUCCACCUGUGAUAAAUUCAAUUGAUUGGACAUGAUUUGGAAAGGCACAUACCUGUCUAUAUAAGGUCCCACAGUUGACAGUGCUUGCCAGAGCAAAAACCAAGCCAUGAGAUCGAAGGAAUUGUCUGUAGAGCUCCGAGACCGGAUUGUGUCGAGGCACAGAUCUGGGGAAGGGUACCAAAAAAUGUCUGCAGCAUUGAAGGUCCCCAAGAAUACAGUGGCCUCUAUCAUUCUUAAAUGGAAGAAGUUUGGAACCACCAAGACUCUUCCUAGAGCUGGCCGCCCGGCCAAACUGAGCAAUCGGGGGAGAAGGGAGGUGACCAAGAACCCGAUGGUCACUCUGACAGAGCUCCAGAGUUCCUCUGUGGAGAUGGGAGAACCUUCCAGAAAGGCAACCAUCUCUGCAGCACUCCACCAAUCAGGCUUCUAUGGUAGAAUGGCCAGACUGAAGCCACUCCUCAGUAAAAGACACAUGACAGCCCACUUGGAGUUUGCCAAAAGGCACCUAAAGGACUCUCAGACCAUGAGAAACAAGAUUCUCUGGUCUGAUGAAUCCAAGAUUGAACCUGACAGCGCUUGAGAGGAUCUGCAGAGAAGAAUCUGAGAAAUUCCCCAAAUACAGGUGUACCAAGCUUGUAGCGUCAUACCCAAGAAGACUCGAGGCUGUAAUCACUGCCAAAGGUGCUUCAACAAAGUACUGAGUAAAGGGUCUGAAUACUUACAGUAUGUAAAUUUGCUAAAAUUUCCAAAAACCUGUUUUUGCUUUGUCAUUAUGGGGAUUUUGUGUAGAUUGACCCCAAUUUUAUCCAUUUUAGAAUAAGGCUGUAAUGUAUCAAAAUGUGGAAAAAGUCAAGAGGUCUGAAUACUUUCCGAAUGCACUGUACAUUGUUGCAGUAGAAGUGCUUGGAUGUUGCUUGAUAUAAGUUUGUUCUCUCCCGGCAGUAUGUGGACCACAUCAAGUUCUGCAGUAAAUUCAGAGCACCUUGCAGAUUUCACGUCGUUGGCUGUGAUAUGUCUGUAAGUGGACUUAUUUUAUCAUUACUAUAUGGAUUCCACCUGUAUGUUUACUGGGUGAAAUUCGAGUGGAUUUUUUAAGAUUACCCGUUUUUGUGAAUGUGUUGACCUUAACCCUACUGUGUAUGUGUGUGUGUUUGUAUGCGAUAACUUUGCCCAAGGUGGAGAAGGAGAAGACCCAUGACCAUGAGCGUGCAUGUUCCUACGAACACUUAAAUCUACUCUUGCAUUUCAUCAUGGGCAUCAAGGUGAGCCUGGAGAGCUUGCAGCCCCAGAGCCUGGAGCUCGCAGGUCACAAGAUCCACGAGCUGCACCGGGCCUUGAGAGAGCUGGAGCUGAAGCUGGGACAGCUGACUCUGGGUGGGGGAGCCCCCGUGCAGGGAGUCUGUACCCCUACCCUCCCUACCCUGGCCCUCCCUGCCCUGGCCACAUCCUUCACCCCCCUGCCCAGUACGGUGGGCGCGGCCCUGGAGUUGCAGCUCCACAGUGAGAAGACCAAGGUGGCAGAGCUGAGCCGGCGGUGCCAGGAACUGGAGCUGAAAGUGGGCACCUUCGAGAACAUUGUCUGCGUCCUCAACCGAGAGAUGGAGCGCUCCUCCACCACCAUCGAGGCCUACAACCGCCAGCAUCGCCUGGACCAGGACAAGGUGGAGAUCCUCAAUAACAAGGUAAGAAGGAGGACAUCCCCAGUCCCCACUCUGCUUCUAUCGACACCAGUCAACUUGCCUCUCUUGUGUCCUGACUGGUCUAGUGCUAAUGCCACAGCCUUUGGCACACAUGUCUAAAGUGUCGGUUUGAAUCCGGCCUACUGUCAUCCUCUUUCACUAUCUAUUCAAUACAAUCUGAAAAUCCCUUAAAAAAUAUAAUAAAUAAAAAUAAACUUGCCUCUUAGUUUUUGACACUUCACUUUUGUGCAUCCAUCCAUUAUUAAUGUAACUGACAUGAACGAUCACAGAUGUACUACAUCCUUGUGGUACUAAAAAAAAGGAUUGGGUGGACUGUAUGAGGAGGUUUAUAAUGGCUGUUUCAGAGUUCAGAAUGCCACCAUGGCACAUCUAUCAGAAUGCAGAUGAAAUUAGGUGAUGGAGCAGGGAUCCAAAUACUGUGUUUUAUUGCACACACAGACACAGGAGCAUGUGGGGAAGGGUUGCAGGAUAAGGAAUUGUUGUGGUUUACUAGGGAAAUACAAGAGGGAGAUACAAACACUUGUUAAAAGGAAAAUAAACUGAAAUGCAUCUUACUAACAAAUUGUACUAAGGAAUAUGGCAGCGGCAUAUAAACUAUUAUCAAACUAAAAGGAUCUUAAUAUUAACAUUUAUACAUUAAUAAGGAAGACUGGGGGAAAAACCUGCUGCUUGAAUAGUCAAGGGAUGCUAAUGAGCAUAGUGGGGACAGGUGAGGUGAGUGGCAAGGGAGGGGUGAGGCCUAAGGUUAGGGCUGAGGACAUGAGCCUUCAAAACAGGUACAGAAUAUUUUUUCUAAGACAAUGGCUAGGUUUCCAUCCAAUUGCCGACAUAUUUCUAUGCAAAUAUUCUAAAAUCUGCACCAGAGAUGUGUUUCUAUCAAAUUGACUUGUUGAGGAUGACGGGGUGCACAUAAAAAUUACUUUUGUGGUUAAAUUCCCAUGUACCGAAUAAAAAAUACAAGUUAAAUGGGUAUCCAGCGCAUGUUCAACUCUACUGAUGGUUUUGUUACAAAAAAUGUUAUAUAGCGUAUGUGCCCACUCUGGUAUUGGCACAUCCGCUUUAGCCAACAGCUCAUAUAUACAGUGCGGAUAUAGCCUACAUGAGAUUAUUAUGGACAAAAGAGCAAGAUUAUUUUUAUUUGACAAACUGCAGCCAGAAGAAGACCCUCGAUAUUUAUUGAAAGGAGCAUCAAGCUCAUCACCUUGCACUUUCGUCUCCAUGUGAAGUUCAUCAUAACAUAUUUGAUCUGUAGCCUAAUAAACUGCAUGGUUUCCGGAGUCGUAGUGGGAGGACCACACAUGUCACCGCGUGACUCCCAAGUUUACUUCGAUAUGAUGGUUAUUUUAUCAAUAUUUGCGCAUAAAAGUCUUUUCAAACGUAAUUUCUCGCCUAAUGAAUUUUACGGACACAAAAAGAUCCCACUUUGUCUAGUUUGUUUUGUUGACAUUUGUAAAGUUCACUGACAAAUUAGCUGUUUCCAUCAGGCCUGUCGUGACAUUUUUUAUCCGACAUGUACUUUACUCUCAUAAAAAGGUUGGAGGGAAACCUGGUUAAUUUCUGUCUUUGUUGCUUUAGGUGCGUCAGCUGGAGAGAACUGUGGGCCUGAGAGACCUGUCCAUUGUGGAGAUGGAGGGGAAUAUGCGGGAGAUGUCGGCAGCUACGUUUGAUGGCAUCUUUGUCUGGAAAAUCUCUGAUUUCACAAAGAAAAGACAGGACGCUGUUGCUGGCAGAGCCCCAGCUAUGUUCUCCCCCGGUAGUGUAUUUCAACCACUUUUAUCAUUCAAACGUCAAAGUAAACCACUCUAUGGUACAACGUGCCUAAUGUCCAUUCAUGCAUUCUAUAUUACCGUAUUUUAUAAUUGUUCAUUGGUGUUUGAAAAAUGAUGGGCCGGUCUGGUUCUGACAAGGCUUACUUACUAAUCAUGUUUAUUCAUUUUGUAGCAUUUUUCACCAGCAAAUAUGGCUACAAGAUGUGUCUACGGAUUUAUCUGAAUGGGGACGGGACCGGACGGGGCAGUCACUUGUCUCUGUUCUUCGUAGUGAUGAGGGGGCACAGUGACGCCCUCCUCAAGUGGCCCUUCAACCAGAAGGUAAAACUCACUCCUAUAACAUAUGCUAUAUGUUAUAUAUCCUACGUGCAAUAUAUACUGUACGUUAAACACUCAUUACCCUUUUGAACAGUAUUUCACUCAUGAUAUCUUGAAUGUGUUGCUACUUUUUUGUUUGUGUGUGAUACUGUGAGAAGCAGCAUGUUAAUGUCAGCGUUGUAUCUACUGUACCUAUAUCAUAAUGACUUUAAUGACAAAGGUCAUUAUGUAUUUCAAGGGCAGCAACAUCACUAGUAGCUAUCUGCCCUUCUGCUAGAUUUAUUCUUGGUAUUUGUCUUGCAUGGUAAACGUAGGUAGAUACAUGUUUAUUUUCAUCUGUUCCUUGCAACUUGUGUAUAUUUGUAAAACCAAAUAAACAAUUGUUCAUCACAAAGCAUGAAUGUUGUCAUUGAGGUACAGUAGGCCUAGCCUAGAUGUUGCGAUCUGCCAAUCCUCUUGUGUUCAGGUGACCCUGAUGCUGCUGGAUCAGAAUAACCGAGAGCACAUCAUCGAUGCCUUCCGUCCCGACAUCUCCUCCUCCUCCUUCCAGAGGCCCGUCAGUGACAUGAACAUCGCCAGCGGCUGCCCGCUCUUUUGCCCUCUUCCCAAACUGGACACCAAAAACUCCUACAUACGAGAUGAUACUAUAUUCAUCAAGGCUAUAGUAGACCUCACUGGCCUCUAG